UUGUUUGUGUUUUCAUCUAAGGAUUGGCGUCGCGAGUUUUUUCAGUGGUUUUUCUGAGUGUUUUUCGUAACGUGUGCGUGCGUGCGUUACCAAUGGCCAAUCCCAGUGAGAUCGACUGCGUGACAGUGAUUAGUGAUGACUCUGACGUUGAAGUGACUCUGAGUGAGAUCACAAUUACUCGAAUCCCGGCGAAACCGCGCACUUCUUUCGUCCCGACGGGUUCGGAGGAGCCUGUGGCCCCCGUGGGGACACCGCAAACGCCCCAGACUGAGCCUCGCGAGGAGGGCGACGGCCGGCGCAUGAGUCGCCGCAAGAAAGCGCGGGUCGAGUACUUCGGCGAGGGCGCUUCCGGGAGUGCUGAGAGCAAGACUGGGGCUGCCGGGGAGGCGAAGCGCGUGGAGCCGAAGCCCGAGCAGCGAACGAGAGGCAAGCGAGAGCGCAGCGUGAGUCCCUCGAAGGACUCUGAUAGCAAGGAUGCGUUGGAUGACGAGCCCAGCUUCAAGGACAUCCUCACUGGACUCGAGGGAGCGGCCUUCCAGUCGCGGCUGCCGUACGAGAAGAUGACCUCGGCCGAGGCGGCGUGUUUUCCGGUCAUCGCGAAGAAUGGUUUAAUCGCCCAGAGAGUCUUUCUCAACAUCCGCAAUCGCUUGCUUCAGAUGUGGAUUGAGAAUCCCAAGAUUCAGUUGACCUUCGAGGAGGCUCUGAAGAAUAUCGAGUCCCCGUUCGACAGCGAUCCGGUAUUGCUGAAGAACAUUCACGCCUUCCUCGAGCGCCAUGGAUUCAUCAAUUUCGGGAUUUUCAAGCGUCUGCGGCCGAUUCCGGCCAAGAAGCUGGCCAAGGUGAUCGUGAUUGGGGCGGGCAUCUCGGGAUUGGCUGCUGCGCAGCAGCUGCAGCAGUUCGGGAUGGACGUGAUCGUGCUGGAGGCGAGAGAUCGCGUCGGCGGUCGCAUCGCCACGUUCCGGAAGAAUAACUAUCACGCUGAUCUGGGCGCGAUGGUGGUCACGGGCAUCUGGGGCAAUCCCAUCACCAUCCUCAGCCGUCAGACGGGCAUGGAGAUGGUGCCCAUCAAGCAGGCUUGUCCGCUGUAUGGCGCCGGAGGGAAACCGGUGCCGAAGCACAAGGACGACAUGGUCGAGAGGGAGUUCAAUCGACUGCUGGAGUCCACCAGCUAUCUGUCCCACCAGCUGGACUUCAACUACGCCGGGAACAAUCCUGUGUCUCUCGGCCAGGCGCUGGAGUGGAUCAUCAAGCUCCAGGAGAAACACGUGAAGGAGAAGCAAGUGCAGCACUUGAACUCCGUGAUUGCGCUGCAGCAGAAGCUGAUUGACAAUGAGAACAAGAUCGGCGAUCUGAUGGACGAGAUGCGAAUGCUGAAGGCCAAGGCGAACUUCCUGCAGGAAACGCGGCCGCCGCGCACGCCCGAGACGGAGCAUAAGUACGUUGAGCACGAGUUCAGUGCGCGUCAGGCCGUGCGUGAGUGGAAUGUGGUGUGGCGCGAGGUGGAGCGCUUCAAGGCCACGCAGGAGGAAAUGGAGGCGAAGCUGAAGGAGCUGGAGAUGAAUCCGCCGAGCGAUGUCUAUCUGUCGUCGAAGGAUCGCCAGAUUCUCGAUUGGCACUUUGCCAAUCUCGAGUUUGCCAACGCAACGCCGCUGAACAACUUGUCGCUGAAGCACUGGGAUCAGGACGACGACUUCGAGUUCAUUGGGAAUCACACAACAGUGAGAAAUGGAUACUCCUGUGCCCCGAUCGCCCUGACUGAAGGCCUCGAUAUUCGUGUCAAUACGGCCGUAAAGACGAUCAAGUACUUCCCGGGUGGUGUUGAGGUGACGGCUGAGAACCUGAAGACAAAUAAUUCAACCGUGACUUACAAUGCCGAUCUCGUGCUCUGCACUCUGACUCUGGGCGUCCUCAAGGUGGCAAUCUCGCCCUUGUCCACCAACCAGGUCAACGCGGUGCGCUUCGAGCCGCCGCUGCCGGAUUGGAAGCAAGCCGCGAUCCAGCGUCUGGGCUUCGGGAACCUCAACAAGGUUGUCCUGUGCUUCGAUCGCAUCUUCUGGGACACCAACACGAACCUCUUUGGCCACGUCGGGAGCACAACAGCCAGCAGAGGUGAGCUGUUCCUCUUCUGGAGCAUCUCGCAGUCGCCGGUUCUGCUGGCUCUCGUCGCCGGCCAGAGCGCCGCCAUCAUGGAGAACGUCUCUGACGAUGUCAUCGUCGGCCGGUGCAUCGCAGUGCUGAAGGGCAUCUUUGGCAACUCCGCCGUGCCGCAGCCGCGCGAAACUGUCGUCACGCGAUGGAGAGCAGAUCCCUGGGCGCGAGGCUCCUACAGCUUCGUCUCUGUCGGCUCGUCCGGAAGUGAUUACGAUCUCCUCGCCGCUCCUGUCACGCCACCGCCGCUCUCGGGCGCCGCGACGGAAGACACCAAAGCAAUGCCGCGCCUCUUCUUCGCCGGCGAACACACAAUUCGCAAUUAUCCUGCGACCGUACACGGAGCCUUCUUGAGUGGUCUUCGCGAGGCUGGACGCAUUUCGGACUACUUGCUGGGCUUUCCCAACACUUAUCCGGAUGAACCAAAGCAGGAACCUUCAACUUCAGCCGCAGCGGCAAAUUAAUUACUCCGAGUGCAAUUUACAUCACAUUUAAUCAUAUUUAAAGUAUAACUUUAGCGCACAAUGUUGUAAGAAUUCCAUAUUUAUCC